UUAUUCUCAGUGAUGACGGGUGUCAGGGAGUACCUUGUGUACGGUGUUGACGAUGCUUACAAGCAUCUCUGGCCGAUACAAUAUCAUUUGUUACAUAGCGACUACCUCGCUGCUAUAGAUUCACUUCGUCAGGGUGCGAAUCCUCUAGAAAGCCAGGGUGGAUGUGCAAGCGCAUUAACGUUAUGUUACCAGCUAUUUUUCAAGACACUGAACAAAUGUCUCAAUACCACUAUCCCUUUGGGUAUUCUGCAGGACAUUUCUGCAGAUGCUGCCGUCACAACUCCCUCUUGUAAAUUAACGUCUAGUCCGAAUCGUUGCAACAAGUCAGACUCUGCUGAUUCACCCGUAGAGCUUCAUGGUAUGGCGGACUAUAAUCUAGGUUCAUUACCAGCCCAAAGCGCUGAUUCUGAUGUUCCGGGUCAUACAUCGUUUACUUGUUAUGUUGAAGCGUCUAUGGCUACUAAAGACAUGAAUACCUGCCAAACAAUCCACCAAAAGCUUAUACGUCGACUGAAAGGUUUAUUUACCGUGUUGCGUGCUAUGUCAGAACGUAAGGAUUUACUGCUUCAUUGUAAGCAAGAGCUAUUAAGCUCCGUGGGCCAGUUGCACUACCCAGAGCUUUACAACAGUAUAAUGGAUUACCUGUUUAAGUAUUCCAAACGUUUUAUCUCAAGGACUGUUGAUGUAACCAACGUAUGGGAUGCCCAUAUGCUGUGGAAGGCUGCUACUUCCAAGGAUGCUAAGCUGAAGUUGAUCGCCACGUUUAUAUCAGAGGUAGCUACCAUUUUCGAGUCACUUUGUGGUCUAUUCCACGUUAAUAUUUACAACACGGGUCAGAAGUCAACGGGGGCUAUAUGCUCAGGACAUGAUCGCCAUUUACGUUUAAAUUCAAUGAACCCGUGUACCGUUGAGAUACUUGCCCAUAUGUCUUUUGUCACUGAACGACCUCUACUAUUCGACGCCAUGGUACUGCAAGAGUUCUUUCUUCAAGAGGCCUUUACUUUUAAGUGGAAUGAGCUUCUAUCACAUUUACUCUCUGGUGGCGAUCGUGUAAAGGUUUAUGCAGACUCUUUAAUGCGCCGCAGCCUAAGGCAUAAUGUGGAAUAUCGGAUUGAAUCAUGCAAUGCUGCAAUAUAAUAUGUUGCUGUGUGAUUAUUUGCCACAA